AUGCCACGAGAAGUCGAGCCUUCUCUAAACGAGAAGCAAUUCUUCGCCAAAGCCCUCAACGAAGGCAUCCGCAUCGAUGGGCGAGCCUUCGACGAGUUCCGGACGCUGGAGGUGGAGUUUGGAGAUGAAUUUGGGGUGUGCGAUGUCAGGUUAGGAAAGACGAGGAUACAAACACACAUAACGGCCGAAGUAACAGCCCCCUUCCCCGACCGACCCUUCGACGGCCUCUUCCAAAUCACCACCGAGCUCUCCCCCAUGGCAUCCCCCCAUUUCGAAGUCAACCGGCCCUCCGAAACCGAAACACUAUUGUCGCGGCUGCUCGAGAAAACAUUACGACGUUCCGGCGCGUUAGACACCGAGUCCCUAUGUCUACUAGCCGGACAAUCCGUCUGGUCAUUACGCGCAGACGUACACAUCCUAUCGCACGAUGGGAAUCUGGUGGAUUGUGCGUGUAUAAGCGUGUUAGCGGCAUUACAGCAUUUCAGGAAGCCGGAUACGAGUACGGAGGGCGAGAAGGUUACGGUUUAUACGCUGAGGGAGAGGGAACCGGUGCCGUUGAGUUUAUUGCAUUACCCGUAUUGUGUUACGUUUAGUUAUUAUGCGAAGGAGGGUGGAGAGGAGGGUGAGACGUCAGUAUUACUGGAUACCACUCUUAUGGAAGAGCAAUUGAGAGAAGGGAAUGCUACGAUAGGAAUCAACCGACAUGGGGAGGUCUGUCAGAUAGCCAAGCUAGGAGGUGUUCCUGUCGACGCGGUGGCAUUUUUAGGAUGUGUACAAGUUGCACUGGUGAAGGUCAAGGAGAUUUCCGCCUUUGUGACCAGGAGAUUAGAAGAAGAUGCGAAAAAGCGUGAUAAGGGAGGGCUCAUGGCGGAAUUAAGUGCAGAAAAUGAUCGAGUUUCAUGA